CUUAGAAAGGACAAUGAGUUUAGACAGCGAUAUUCAUCUAUUGUUCUCCUAACUGUUAAGCACUUCGCUAUCUCUGGAAUCAUACCCCAGUCACCCAGUUCCUGUGAAUAUGAAAUGACUGAAUCAAACUGAGGAGGUCAAAACGCUUUUCAUAUUUAAAACCUUGUAGUCUUUUGUUAGCUUGGGAGAGCAAAACUUCUAAAGUUCUUGAGAGAUGGCUUUAGAGACAUGUGGAAGCUGUUUGAGUUGUCUGCUGAUACCUCUUGCACUUUGGAGUAUUGUUGUUAACAUCCUAUUAUACUUCCCUAAUGGGAAAGCUUUGCAUGCUGCCAGUUACCAGCUUCCCAGCUACGUGUGGUAUUUUGAAGGGAUCUGUUUCUCAGGUGUGAUGAUUCUUCUGUUGGCAGUAAUUCUAAUAACACUGGAGUGUAGCGUCUUCUAUCGGUGCUGCCAGAGUGAGAGCUGUAACAAAACCUACAGGAGUUUUAUUUCAAUUGUGCUAGCCCUGCUUGGAGUUGCUUUCUCUGGAUACAGUUGCAUCAUUUUUACCUUGGGGUUGAUUCAAGGCCCCUUCUGCAAUUCAUCAGGUGGAUGGGAUUAUAUCUUCAAAGACACUGCUGGAGGGUACCUCACAGAUUACCCUGCUUGGUCUCAGUGCACCGAACCUGCUAACAUAGUGGAGUGGAACAUCAUUUUACUCUCUAUUCUUAUAGCUCUGAGUGGACUGCAGUUGAUCAUCUGUUUUCUCAAAGUGGCUGCUGAGUUGAAACGGACACUCUGUGGGACCUAUUCUGUUUUUGUCCAG